AAAACGAACCAGAAAAAAAUCCACAACAAUUUAUCUUGGUAAUUUUGAAUCAACCAUUAUUAAUUGAUGGUUUAUUUAAAAGAUUGUGGGGAAAUGCAAAAUAUGUUUUAUGUGCAGAUGGUGGAGCAAAUAGAUUAUAUGAUAAAUUCAAAGAAACUGAUUUACAUGGAAAAUUUAUUCCAAAAAUUAUUAGAGGAGAUUUGGAUUCUUUAAGAGAUGACGUUCGUGAUUUUUUUGAUAAAAAUGGUGUAUUGAUUGAAGAAGAUAAGGACCAAAAUUCUACAGAUUUUAAGAAAUUGGCUUUGGGUGCAACAGGCGGCAGAUUUGAUCAAGCAAUGUCACAUAUUAAUUAUUUACAUCAAUUGAAAAAUCAACAUCAAAUAUAUUUAUUAUCAAAUGAAAAUAUAAUUUUUUUACUAGAUAAGCAUCAAUUAUUUUGUGAUAAAAAUAUUGAAGGUCCAACUUGUGGAUUACUUCCAAUUGGUGUAGAGGCUGCUGUCAUUACCACAACAGGCCUAAAAUGGAAUCUUGAAAAUACUUCCACUUCUUUUGGAAAAUUGGUAAGUACUUCAAAUCACUUGGAAGACGAUAUUAUAACGAUCGAAACUGAUUCACCAAUCGUAUGGACUGUAGAACUUAAUCAUCAAAGUACUGGCAUUGAAAGAUUACCAGGGGAACCUUUUUCAAAAUUUAGUCGUCGUUUAAACGAUCACAUGAGGCCAGGAAUUCUUAAAGCGUUCCAAGAAGGUUCAUCUAAGCAAAUCAAAGCUAAAAGUAAUAAUAAAUUUAUGACUUCCUUUAUAGAAAUAGUUGAUAAACCUCCUGUUAUAACUGUUAUACCUAAAAACAAGAAGAAACAUAGUAAUAAAUCUCAAUUAAGCUUAGCGGAUAAACGUAUUGUUGAAAAAGAACGUAAAAGAAUUAUUGAACUUUAUCGAUCAAAGAAAUCAAAUAAAUUGAAUAAAUUAGAUUAA